AUACGAGGUUGUAAAAAACAGUUUUUGUUCAAUAAGUAGACAUACCGCACCGUGAAUCUGAAGGUAAAAUCCAGUCCGUGUUUUACCAGUUAAAGAAAUUGCCAGCUCCCGUUCAAUAACUCUAUUCCAUAGUCCUAUUCAAUACCGCAGGUUCCUGUUCAAUAACUCCAUUCCGCGCCACUGUUCAAUAAGCGAAGGCCCUGUUCGAUAGCUCCGCUCCGUGUUUUGUGCGCCUCCCCCCUCCUUUCCUCUGAACUCCAGCCCCUCGCUCUCUCUCUAUCAGCCUCUCACUCCGUCUCAAUAUGUCUCAAGAUGGCGGCCAAUGCGGGAUCGAUGUUUCAAUAUUGGAAGCGCUUUGAUUUACAGCAGCUGCAGAGAGAACUCGACACCACCGCCACAGUACUGGCCAACCGGCAGGAUGAGAGCGAGCAGUCCAGGAAAAAGCUCAUCGACCAGAGCCGCGAGUUCAAGAAAAACACGCCGGAGGAUCUGCGCAAGCAGGUAGCUCCGUUGCUCAAGAGCUUCCAAGCAGAGAUCGACGCCUUGAGUAAAAGAAGUAAAGAAGCAGAGGCUGCCUUCUUGAACGUCUACAAGAGAUUAAUCGAUGUUCCAGACCCCGUGCCGGCCCUGGACCUGGCCCAGCAGCUGCAGCUGAAGGUGCAGAGGAUGCACGACAUCGAGACCGAGAACCAGAAGCUCCGGGAGACGCUGGAGGAGUACAACAAGGAGUUCGCCGAGGUCAAGAACCAGGAGGUCACAAUCAAAGCACUUAAGGAGAAGAUCCGGGAGUACGAGCAGUCCCUGAAGAACCAGGCGGAGAACCUGGCCCAGGAGAAGGAGCAGCAGCUUCACAACGACUAUGCAGAGAAGGAGAGAAAGCUGCAGGAGACCCAGGAGUCAAUGAUCUCCAAGCUGGAGGAGGCAGACCACAAGGCCCAGUCCCUACAGACAGCACUUGAAACUACUCAGGCAGAGCUUUUCGAUCUGAAGACCAAGUAUGACGAAGAGUCCACAGCAAAGGCCGAUGAGAUUGAGAUGGUGAUGACCGACUUGGAGAGAGCCAAUCAGAGAGCAGAGGCGGCGGAAAGGGAAGCCGAGACCCUGCGGGAGCAGCUGACGUCUGCCAACAAGUCCCUGCAGCUGGCCACACAGAUCCAGAAGGCCCCCGACAUGGAGCAGGCACUGGAGGUGCUGUCGCGCUCCAACCUGGAGGUGGAGCUGAGCGCCAAGGAGCGGGAGAUCGUGCAGCUGGUGGAGGACGUGCAGCGGCUCCAGGCCAGCCUCAGCAAGCUGCGGGAGAACUCGGCCAGCCAGAUCAGCCAGCUGGAGCAGCAGCUCAGCUCCAAGAACUCCACCCUCAAGCAACUGGAGGAAAAGCUGCAGGAGCAGGCUGACUAUGACGAGGUCAAGAAGGAGCUGAACAUCCUCAAAUCCAUGGAGUUUGGGCCAUCAGAAGGCUCUACAGCACAGGACUCCUCCAAGCCCCUGGAGGUGCUGCUGCUGGAGAAGAACCGCAGCCUGCAGUCCGAGAGCGCCUCCCUGCGCAUCGCCAACAGCGAGCUGAGCGGGGCGGCCGGGCGCAAAGGGAAAGAGGCCCCAUCGGAGAGUCAGCAGCGUGCUCCUGCCACGGCCCACACCGCCACCCCCCCUCCCCCCUCCCAGCUCCUCCUGCGGACGGGGGCGGGGGCCAACAUUGCUGGCACCUCUGAGCCCGCCUCCAGCGCCAACGGCACGCACCAGUUCUCCCCCACGGGCAUCGGACAGGACUUUUACAGCCCCGCCAUGUCCGGCACGGGCGGCGGGUACCCCCUGGCGGGCAAGAUGGCGCUCAACUCCCUCCUUCAGCGGCAGCUCAUGCAGACCUUCUACUCCAAAGCCCUGCAGGACUCCCCCGGCGGGGCGGCCAUGCUCUUCCCCCCCAGCCACUACGCCCCCUCCUCCCUGUCGGCCAGCCCCCUCCCCCAGCACCAGCCGGCCGCCAGCCCCGAUGUCAACGGCAUGGCGCCCUCCCCCAGCCAGUCGGAGGGCGCCGGCAGCGCCUCGGAGGGCGAGGACAUGGACACGGCCGAGAUCGCCCGGCAGGUCAAGGAGCAGCUCAUCAAGCACAACAUCGGCCAGCGCAUCUUCGGCCACUACGUGCUGGGCCUGUCGCAGGGCUCGGUCAGCGAGAUCCUGGCCCGGCCCAAGCCCUGGAACAAGCUGACCAUCCGCGGCAAGGAGCCCUUCCACAAGAUGCGGCAGUUCCUGUCCGACGAGCAGAACAUCCUGGCGCUGAGGAGCAUCCAGGGACGCCAGCGAGAGAACCCAGGCCAGAACCUGAACAGAGUGUUUCAGGAGAUUCCGAAACGGAGGACCAGCUCGGAAGGCUCCUCGCGGCCAGGCAACAUCACCACCAGGAUUCGCACUCCUGAAAGCGGCUCCGACGAGGCCAUCAAGUCCAUCCUGGAGCAGGCCAAGAGGGAGCUGCAGGUGCAGAAAGCUGCGGAGCCCUCCCAGCCCCCUCCCUCUUCCAGCGGGGCGAGCGGAGCCGGGGGCAGCGGCUCGGACGACGCCAUCCGCUCCAUCCUGGAGCAGGCGCGGCGCGAGAUGGAGGCCCAGCAGGCGGCGCUGGAGCCCAUCCUGAAGGCCUCCUCCGUGUCCCACUCCGACCUCUCCCUGCUGUCCCCCAAGCUGCUGAGCCCCGCCUCCCUCGCCGCCGUCCCCGCCUACUCCCCGCAGGCCCUGUCCCUGAAGAAGCCGCCCUCCUCCUCGCACUCCCCGCUGCUCGACUUCCACUCCUCCGGCAUGAAGAAGGAGAGCGGCGAGUCUCCCGUCUCCGAGGGCGCGGCCGACGGGCCCCCCAAGCAGGGCCGGGCGGACGGAGGGCGCAGCGCCGGCUCCUGGAGGGAACAGUGGUGGAACAGCAUGCACCUGGACCGCCGCAGCGUCCCCACGCCGGUGGCUGACGAGAGCCGCAGCCAGGAGGACACCAAGGAGAAGCCUCCCGGGCUGGCCGGCUCCUUGGCCGCGCCCUCCUCAUCCUCGGACUACUGGAAGGACUGGCCGAGCGCCGAGUCUCCCUAUUCGCAGGGCUUGGAGCUGGGCUUGCCAGGCCCCGGCGCUGGCGACGCCCCCCAGAGCAGCCCCCAGCUGCCCCUGGCCAAGCCCGCCAAGCCGGCGGUGCCCCCCCUCACGCCCGAGCAGUACGAGUUCUACAUGUACCAGGAGGUGGACACCCUGGAGCUCACGCGGCAGAUCAAGGACAAGCUGGCCAAGAACGGCAUCUGCCAGCGCAUCUUUGGAGAAAAGGUGCUGGGUCUCUCUCAGGGGAGUGUGAGCGACAUGCUGUCCCGGCCGAAGCCCUGGAGCAAGCUGACCCAGAAGGGCCGGGAGCCCUUCAUCCGCAUGCAGCUGUGGCUGAACGGCGAGCUGGGCCAGAACGUGCUGCCGCUGCAGGGCCAGCCGCAAGAGGGCACCCCGAAGACGUCGGCGAGCUGCAGCCCCGCCCCGGAGUCUCCACUGAGCUCCGCCGAGGAGUCGGUGAAGAGCCCAGGCGAGCCAGCCUCCCAGCCCCCCGCCCCGGAGUCCAGCGAUCCCUCCGAAUCCCAGCCCACCACGCCCCUGCCUGUCCCGGGACACUCCGGCCUCAGCAUUCAGGAGAUGGUGGCCAUGUCCCCUGAGCUGGACACCUACGUCAUCACCAAGAAGGUCAAGGAGGUGCUGACUGACAACAACCUCGGGCAGCGGCUGUUUGGGGAGACCAUCCUAGGCCUGACGCAGGGCUCUGUGUCUGACCUGCUGGCCCGGCCCAAGCCCUGGCACAAGCUCAGCCUGAAGGGGAGGGAGCCCUUCGUGCGCAUGCAGCUGUGGCUUAGUGACCCCCGAAACGUGGAGAAGCUCAUGGACAUGAAGCGGAUGGAGAAGAAAGCCUACAUGAAGCGGCGUCACAGUUCCGUGAGUGAGAGCCAGCCCGCGGACAGCGGCCUGUCGGGGGGAGACUUCAGCCAGGGCAGCAGCCCCCAGCACCAGCAGCACCAGCUGAAGAAGCCGCGUGUGGUCCUGGCCCCCGAGGAGAAGGAGGCCCUCAAACGCGCCUACCAGCAGAAGCCCUACCCCUCUCCCAAGACCAUCGAGGAGCUGGCCAGCCAGCUCAACCUCAAGACCAGCACCGUCAUCAACUGGUUCCACAACUACAGAUCCCGAAUCCGCCGGGAGCUGUUCAUCGAGGAGAUCCAGGCUGGGGCGGCUGGGGCGGCGGGAGAGGGAGGCUCCCCGUCGUCCCGGGUGGCCAAAGGGGGCGAGGGGGACAGCUGUGACGGCACCGAGUCGGACGGCACGGUGGAGGGCCGGCCCAGCGGGGCCGCGGGCGCCGACGAGUUCGGGGGAGCCCCGGCGGGCGAGGGAGGCGAGCAGAAAGAGGCCAAGGAAGAAGGAGGCGCGGGGACGCCGGCCCGCUCGCCCGCCCCGCAGGACGCCGCUACCUCAGUCUCCAGCGCGCCCGGCACCAGCAGCCACCGGGGCGGCCCACCCGUCGGCCUCUUCAGCUUCCCCGAGGCCCGCAACCCCAGGGACAGCAGCCUGCGCAAGAAGAAGGCCGCCAACCUCAACAACAUCAUCCACCGCCUGGAGAAGGCCGCCAGCCGCGAGGAGCCGUCCGAGUGGGAGUUCUGAGGAGCUGACUGCGCAGCCGAAGGCACGGCGAUGCUGGCCGCUCCCACGUUUUCUUUACCUGAGAGGGAGAGAACAGGUGGGCAGAGAGCCCUGCGAGGGAUUUCAAAAAAAAAAAAACUGCUCGGUCUGUUUUUACUGAGAAAAGCACUUAAACCCCCUGCUGGCCACAGGGUUCCAAACACCAUCAGCCAGAGCUGCAAAGCAAUGCCAGAGAUUAAUAUACAUACAAGGAGCAUUAAGUCCCUCUGGAGAUCUGGAGGAUCAAAACUGUCAACAGAAGCAAUUAUUUUAUUGUUCUUUUUUUUUUUUUUUUAAUUCCUUUUUUGGUCCAUCAUCCGUCACCUCAAAGUGUUUUUGAAAGCAUCUUCUCAGUGAUUUUUUUCACACUCAAGCUGAAUAACUGUUACAACUUUUUGCCUUUUUCUCCUGUGUCCGUGCAUGUGCGUUUGUUUUAUUUUUUCUCUGUGGGCUCUGUUUCAUUUUUUUUCUUCUGAGUCUGUCUGACGAUCCAGGAAGAAAGAUGAACAGAAGAGAGGUCAUAAACCCAGGGCCUAACAUCUACAAACGGGUGUUUGUCUGGGAGGGAAAAGACAGAAGAGACCCCCUCCCUCACCCACCCCAUCGUUCUGUCCCUACCCAUCUGCCAUCUAAUGGCAGUGAGUCUCCAGUACACCUUGAACUACUUUGUGGAGGAAUCAGCGUUUUUCUUUUCUUAAUUCCAAGGAAGGAAAAAAAAAAAGUUUUAUAGCAAUUUGGUUGCCAUGAAGAGAUUGCACAGUCUGCCGACUCUAAACAAUAAUAGUUCGGAUUCCUAGAAAUUUAGGGAGGGAAAAUUACAACAAAAAACAG